UAUUUCAUCAAAGGGGACCUCGUUUAUAUCUGCUUAAACAACUCAAAAUUGCAUUAUGCCUGACCAUCGGCAACCUGACAGUAGGAUAUUCCACCGGUUGGGCGACGUCCAUCAUACCCAAGCUUAAAGAUCCCCUGCAAACAUCAUUGCCAUACCUAAUACUUGAAAACGACGCAUCCUGUAUAGUGAGGACUAUGAUCUUUGGAGCCAUUAUUGGUUCUCUCAUAUCCGGCUUCACCGCUAACAGAGUCGGCCGCAAGCCAUGCCUGCUUCUUACAUCUAGUUUCAACAUUCUCGGCUAUGAUAUCAUGGCAAAUGCUGUCAAUGUCAGUACCAUGAGCGCUGGAAGGUUCGUUGCUGGUGUGGCCGCUGGCUCGAUCGCUGUGCUCAACGUUGUUUAUCUUGGUGAGAUUGCGUAAGUUGUCAUUAUCUGCUUGCAUUAGGGAUGAUUCACGCUAGAACCACAGUAAGAAAGUGUCUUUUAGACCCAGUAGUCCAUCUUCGAACAAUUUAUAAUUGUCGUUUGAAAUUCAGAAUCUCGAACCCAUUUGCUCACCGGCGACGCGGCGCCCGGGCGCGUUGUUUUAGAAAACCUGCUUAAGGGGCCUACUGAUUACCAGUUCACCGAACGAUAUGGGCCUAUCAGUUAUUCGCAAAAACUGACAGUCGUGAAUAACUGACAGGCCGAUAUCGUCCGGGAACUAGUGAUAAGUGGGCCCCUUUAAACCUCCUUAAAU